AGAACUCCAUAUUAUUCUACUAUGGUCAUUUCUAAGUAUCGUCAUAUCAGUCCAACAACUUUGCUGAUUAUUGCAACGUUAUUCAUAUUUUGCUGCUUUUCACUAGUCCCCAGAGUUGUGUCUUUUGAUAAUGAACCUUGGGAUUUACUUAUCUUUACACAGAACUGGCCCAGGUCUGUCUGUAACCAAUGGACUGAAAAAGGGCACCAAUGUCGAUUAGUACCUAAUGAUACAUGGACAAUACAUGGCAUAUGGCCCACAAAAUAUGGAACAAUCGGGCCAGGCUUUUGUAAUAAAACAAGACCUUUCAGCCCUGAAGCUUUAUAUGGCAUUGAAAAGCAAUUGGAGCAGUUAUGGACACCAGUAGAAAAACACAAAAAGAUCACAGCUCUGUGGUCACAUGAAUGGUUAAAGCAUGGUACAUGUGCAGCCGUAGUUCCAAAAUUAUCCACCGAGUUCCAAUAUUUUAAUCAAGGAUUGGAGUGGAUGAAGGAUUACAAUAUGUAUUCUGUAUUGACAAAAGCUGGAGUAACACCUGGCAAUCAGUAUAACAUAACUAAAAUCUGGGAUGGGGUACAAAGUGUAUUGGGAAAGAAUCCACAAGUAGCCUGCUACCAAGAUAAACAAAAUGCUUCUAUUCUGUUAGAGGUACGAAUAUGCUUUAACCGAACAUUGGAAUUAAUGGAUUGUGAUGGAACUGUUGUUGGUGGUCAUAAACCAAGCUAUCAUAACUUGACAAAUUGUGAUAUCAACAAAUUAGUUCAAUAUCCUGUAUAUUCUGUUCAUAAUAUCAUUAAACAGGAAACCUAUCGAAAUACCCUUGAACUGAGCCAUGAUGAAGUUGAUACAGUUGAAACAGAUGAUUUCAUAUCUCCCCAAGAUAUCGAGUUCGCUAACUCAAACACGUGGUCAUUCCUGGAGUCUGAAGACAACAGUGAAGGGGAAAGCGGAGAAUCUUUUGCGAAUGCAGUUGACAUUUCACCUGAUGGUAUAGUUGCAAUAGCUAAGAUUCUCAGAUAG